AUAAGGUGGAAAGGAGAUGCUGCGUAUUUUAUGUUUAUUGGGGGAUGUUGGUGUAUUAUCAUUACUGAUGAAAAAAUUGGAGUUGAUUCAAUGAUAUUACAUUAUACCAUUCAAGCAAUAGAAGAAGUUUUUCCUAUUAGUGAGUUAAGCAUUAUAAAGAACGUUAAUUUAUUAGAGUCAAUUGUUAGAGACUGUAUUGGUGAUGGGAUUCUUCACUCAGUUAAUUAUUUUGAUGUUCUAAGAGAUGUUCAACCACCUCAACGAGUUGAGAUGAUUCCUGAAUUGCUUGAAGUGCAUCAUCCAUUUCAUAGAAAAGAAUAUCAGGAAGGAAUGACUUUUGGACUAAAACAAAGAGAAUGGAAUAAUAACUAUAUUGUUAAUGGUAUAUCCCAAACAGGAUUUGAACGUGCUGAACCAUCGUAUGAGUGUUUAGAUAAAUAUAACACUCUUCCAAUUGAAAAAACAAUGUUUGAACCAGAAAAAAUUUUUUUGGUUCAACAAGAAGAAAUAAAUGUUACAUUUAAGUCAAAUGGAGAAAUAGAAAGUUCGAUGAUUCGAGGAGGAUUAAAAAGUACUGUCUACUCAGUUGGAGUAAAAUCAAUUCAAUUUACUAUUGAUUCUAUAGACUUUCAAUCAAAUCAACUAACCAUUAACCAACAAUUAGAAGGAACAAAAGACAGUGGUGUAUUAUUAUGGCAAAAUCCAUAUGGUACUAUUCCUAUUCUUUCUUAUCAAGGAAAUGUAAAAACAUACCCAUUAUUAUUAAGAGGAAAUACAAAUGUUGAUAAACAUUCUCUUACAAUUUAUAUAACAUAUUCAUUGAUUGGUCAAACCUAUCUGCACUCAUUUUGUUUUCAUCUCCCACAAAAAGUUAAAUCAAUUGAAACAAACCCACCAAAUUAUACAACAAUUGGACGUACUCUUUUCUUAUAUCUUGCUAAAAAAAAUAAUAAUAAUAAAAAGCAAGAAGGGUCUUUACGUAUCACAUUGAAAUAUAAUAAUGAGGCUCAACCACAUAAAUCAGAUAUCCCAUUUGGGUGGUUUGAUUUUGAAAGUUCAUUUUCAACAAGUACAUUAGGACUACCAACUAUUACACAAAAAAGUGUUUCAGAAAUCCCAAUAGAACAACAAAUAAUAUGUAAAUCAGGAACAUAUGGGAUGAAUUUUAUUGAUGAGAGUUAA